GCACCAUAUAAAAAACCAAGUUGCUUCGCAAGCAAAUUAGCAGCGCAGUACUAGAGCAUCAACAUGGAAGAUAUAUGGAAGAGAGCGAAGCUCUUCGCUGAAGAAGCGGCCAAAAGAUCCCAAACCCUAACCUCAUCCAACAAAAUCGCUGAACUAGUCGCCGAGACCGCUAAGAAAUCCAAAGAACUCGCAUUCGAAGCUUCCAAGAAAGCCGAUCAACUAAAAGUCGCCGCUUUGAAACAAGCCGAUCAGAUCCAAAUCAAGUCCAUUUCAGAUAUCAUCCCUCAUCAGCUCUCCUCUCUCUCGAUCGUGAAUUCUUCUUCUUCUUCUUCUUCUUCUUCGGUCUCUGCGGCUUCUGAUCCAGAGGAGCUUCAGAAGUUUGGAAUUACAGAAGAUUUGAGAGAUUUUGUCAAGGGAUUGACUUCCAGUACAUUCCAUAACUUCCCAAUUCAAGAUGAAGCUGAGGCGUCUGAUGUGCCGACUACGGCAUCGAAUGUACGGAAAGAUCUUAAUGAGUGGCAGGAGAGGCAUGCCACUCUCGUUCUCACUAAUGUGAAGCAAAUCUCAAAGCUAAGAUACGAAUUAUGCCCACGUGUGAUGAAAGAAAGGAGAUUCUGGAGGAUUUAUUUUACACUUGUGAGCACUCAUGUUGCACCGUAUGAGAGGCAGUAUAUGGAGGAGAUCAAGCGCAAAGCAGAAAAGCAGAUAAAAGAUGAAAAAUCGAAGCAAAGUGCUGUAUCUGAAGAGAAUUCUAGGUCUGAGGUGACAGAAAAGAACCUGAAAAGCAAGACAUCAACUGCAUCUUCGGCUGAGCAGGACUUGGACACUUUUCUUUUGGGAGAUCUUGAAGACAGUGAUGGGGGUGCAGAUGAUGGUGAUGGCAGCUUUGAUGAUGAUUUUGACAAGAUUGACAAUUCUGAUAUUGAAGAUGAGGAACAUUUGAAGAAAGCAACUGCUGCUACUGUUUAGAUUUUAGACAUUGAGUAAAAAGAAGAAACUUGCAUUUAUAAAGGAUGAGAAAGGGGGCUGUGAAGAGUAAAGGCAAGCAGCCGCUCUGCCUUGAAAAUUUACAAGGGAGAGGCACAUGUUAAGAAGUUUGCAAAAAAUGUCUUUUUGGUAGGGUAUGUGUUGCAUAAUUCAUAACAACUGCCAUUUGCUUUCUUUUAUUUCUAUGGACAGCUAGAAGUUAUGAUGUCUAUUUGUUGAUUAAUUAGGGGAGGUCAAAACCUUUGUGUGCCUUGUACAGAUUUCUUGAUUCAGUUGAUUCAAUAUUUCAGUUUAAUAAUUAAUAUGCAAAUUAUAUU